AUGGGGCUAAAGCGGACGGCCUCGCUGGUCUUUGUCGGAAGUGUGUGGCCGUCGGAGGAGGUGCUGACCCUGCUGUGCGUGGCGCGCCGCGACUGGUUCAGGGAUAAGCUGGUGGUGGAGGUCGGGGGCGGCAUGACCUGCCUGGCGGGCGUCACGGUGCUGCUCACGGACGGGAACGAGACGUCCGUGCAGAACGUGGCGCGCAUUCGCGACAGGAACCGGCCGCUGUUUGGCACCACCGAUGUGGUGGCCAGUCGCCUGCGCUGGACCGAGCCCACCGACGUUGCCUCGCUGCGAGACAAGUUUGACGUCAUCCUGUCGGCGGACUGCCUGUUCUUUGACGACGCCCGGGACGCACUGGCCCGCUUCAUCCUGGCCGCGCUCAAGCCUGGGGGCGUGGCGCUGGUGGUGGCGCCGGCCCGCAGCGGCACACUGGACCGCUUCCAGGACGAGGUGUUCCGGUGCGGACUACGGGUCGUCCGACUGGAGCGGUACGGCGCCCUGCUCGAUGACGUCAUACACUCGCACCGGUCGAACCCGACGUUCGACCCGGACCUGCACCUGCCCGUGCUGCUGGAGCUGUCUGACUAG